AUGCCUCAAGAGCCAGAUCACAAGCACAAGGCUAACCUGAAUGAUCCUUCAGGCGCCGAAAAACAUGAAGAGCUUGACACUUCGACCGCCAUCCUUAAGAAGAAGAAAAAGCCAAAUUCAUUGAUUGUUACUGAUGCUGUCAAUGAUGAUAACUCCGUCAUUGCUCUCUCAAACAACACCAUGGAGACACUCCAGCUCUUCCGUGGUGAUACCGUCCUAGUUAAGGGCAAGAUGCGAAGAGACACUGUCUUGAUCGUACUGGCAGACGAUGAUCUUGACGACGGCAGUGUUCGUCUCAACAGAGUUGUACGACAUAACCUACGGGUUAAGCACGGAGAUGUUGUCACCGUCCAUCCUUGCCCAGAUAUCAAAUACGCUAAACGUAUUGCCGUACUACCUAUUGCAGAUACCGUCGAAGGACUUACCGGUUCACUAUUUGACGUCUUCCUUGCCCCAUAUUUCCGUGAAGCCUAUAGACCAGUCCGACAAGGUGACCUCUUCACCGUCCGUGGUGGUAUGAGGCAGGUUGAAUUUAAGGUCGUAGAGGUCGACCCCCCAGAAUAUGGAAUUGUCGCCCAAGACACUGUUAUUCACUGCGAGGGCGAGCCAAUCCAACGCGAGGAUGAGGAAGGUAACCUCAACGAUGUUGGAUACGACGACAUUGGUGGUUGCCGCAAGCAGAUGGCUCAGAUCCGUGAGCUUGUUGAGCUCCCUCUUCGUCACCCUCAACUGUUCAAAUCUAUUGGUAUUAAGCCUCCAAGAGGUAUUCUCAUGUUCGGGCCCCCCGGUACGGGUAAGACUCUCAUGGCCCGUGCCGUUGCCAACGAGACUGGUGCCUUCUUUUUCCUGAUCAACGGCCCCGAGAUCAUGUCAAAGAUGGCCGGUGAAUCCGAAUCCAAUUUGCGAAAGGCUUUCGAAGAGGCCGAGAAGAACUCUCCCGCUAUAAUUUUCAUUGACGAGAUUGAUUCCAUUGCCCCCAAGCGAGAGAAAACCAACGGAGAGGUUGAACGACGUGUUGUAUCCCAGCUUUUGACUCUCAUGGACGGCAUGAAGGCUCGCUCCAACAUUGUUGUUAUGGCUGCCACUAACCGCCCUAACUCUAUUGACCCGGCUCUCCGACGUUUCGGUCGUUUCGACCGUGAAGUCGAUAUCGGCAUUCCUGACCCAACUGGCCGUCUUGAGAUUCUUCAAAUCCACACCAAGAACAUGAAAUUGGGCGAAGAUGUUGAUCUCGAAUCAAUUGCUGCCGAAACUCAUGGUUACGUUGGUUCUGAUAUUGCAUCUCUAUGUUCCGAAGCUGCUAUGCAACAGAUUCGUGAGAAGAUGGACCUUAUUGACCUUGACGAAGAUACCAUCGAUGCCGAGGUCCUCGAUUCUCUUGGUGUCACCAUGGAGAACUUCCGAUUUGCCCUCGGUGUUUCCAACCCAUCCGCCCUCCGCGAAGUUGCUGUCGUCGAGGUUCCAAACGUCCGCUGGGACGACAUUGGUGGUCUCGAAGAGGUCAAGCGCGAGCUUAUCGAAAGUGUCCAAUACCCUGUCGAUCAUCCCGAAAAAUUCCUCAAGUUUGGCCUUUCCCCAUCCAAGGGUGUCUUGUUCUAUGGACCUCCUGGUACUGGUAAGACCUUGCUUGCUAAGGCUGUUGCAAACGAGUGUGCUGCAAACUUCAUCUCCGUUAAGGGCCCCGAACUUUUGAGUAUGUGGUUUGGUGAAUCCGAGAGCAACAUCCGAGAUAUCUUCGACAAAGCCCGUGCCGCAGCUCCUUGCGUGGUCUUCCUUGACGAGCUGGACUCUAUUGCUAAGUCUCGAGGUGCUUCAUCCGGUGAUGCUGGUGGUGCUUCUGAUCGUGUUGUCAACCAGCUUCUCACAGAGAUGGACGGAAUGACUUCUAAGAAGAACGUUUUCGUCAUUGGUGCUACUAACCGACCCGAACAACUUGACAAUGCUCUCUGCCGUCCAGGUCGUCUUGACACCCUAGUCUAUGUUCCUCUGCCCAACGAGCCGGAACGUACUGCUAUCCUUAAGGCGCAGCUCCGCAAGACUCCGGUUGCCAGCGAUGUCGACCUUGCCUUUAUUGCCUCCAAAACUCAUGGUUUCUCUGGUGCCGAUCUCGGAUUCAUUACCCAGCGCGCUGUCAAGCUGGCUAUUAAGGAGUCUAUCGCAACCGCCAUCCGACGAACCAAGGAACGUGAAGCCGCAGGCGACGAUGCCAUGGAUGACGAUAUGGACGACGAGGAUCCAGUUCCAGAACUCACCAAGGCUCAUUUCGAGGAAGCCAUGAAGGAUGCCCGACGAUCCGUCACUGACACCGAGAUCCGGCGAUACGAAGCUUUUGCGCAGAGCAUGAAGAACACCGGCAGCAACUUCUUCAAGUUCCCAUCUGAUGGAAUCAGUGCUGCCGAGACUGGAUUUGGUGAUGCUGGAAACGAUGACAGCCUUUACGAUUAG